UCUCUCUCUCUCUCUCUCUCUCAUAGCCAUGGCCGCCUCUGUUUCGUCUCUCCAUUUCUUCUCUCUCACUCCCCAAUCCCUUUAUCUCUCCGCCUCCAAACCCACGACCACUUCACUAUCUCUCUUCUCUUUACCACUCAGAACACUUCCCAAGCUCGUUUCCUUGUCUUCUUCAUAUAAAAUUUUCGAAGCCUCGUCCUCUCGCUUGGUUGGAAAAGUCGCAGUUUCGUCUGAUUUUGAGCAAUUAGAAGGAGAAGAGGAGGUAUUCGAGGACGAUGCAGACAAACGUAGUUUCUCACCUGACCUCAAACUCUUCGUGGGUAACUUGCCUUUCAGCGUGGACAGUGCCACUCUGGCUGGGUUGUUUGAACGAUUCGGAAAUGUAGAGAUGGUUGAGGUUAUAUACGACAAGUUCACUGGAAGAAGCCGUGGAUUUGGUUUUGUGACAAUGUCUUCGGUUGAGGAAGUCAAAGCAGCUGCUCAACAAUUGGAUGGUUAUGAACUUGACGGGAGGGUAUUGAGGGUGAAUUCUGGUCCUCCUCCUCGAAAGGAAGAGUCUUCUUUCCGAGGAGAGUCUUCUUUCAGAGGAGAGUCUUCUUUUAGAGGACCUAGGGGGGGUACAAGUUUUGAUAACACUAACCGAGUUUAUGUUGGAAAUCUUGAUUGGAGUGUUGACAAUGUAGCUCUUGAAACCUUGUUUGGUGAACAAGGGAAGGUUAUGGAAGCCAAGGUGGUUUAUGACAGGGACAGUGGCAGAUCAAGAGGUUUCGGAUUUGUGACUUACAGUUCUGCUGAUGAGGUCAAUAGUGCAAUUGAAUCACUGGAUGGUGCUGACCUUAAUGGCAGAGCAAUCCGUGUUAGUGUUGCUGAAGCUCGGCCAAGGCGUCAAUUUUGAUCGUUGAAUCUUUAUUGCUACAUUCAACCAAGCAAAACUCAGGGUCCUAGAGCUAUGCAAGUGCAAGAUAGGUUGAAGUUCAUCAAAUGAUAUGAAGUCCAUAUACUUUGGUCCUUAAACCAAAGCUGAAAUUGUGGAUUAAGUCUCAUUCUCCAGACUAACAGGAGCAAAAGCAUCUGAGUGUAACUUUUUGCAAUAUAUGUUUUGAAUAUUAUUCAGAUGAUGUGCGUUGUAGCCAAUUACUUGUCAUUUUGGUGCUGUGGGCAGAUGAUUGUUGUAUCUGAUGACUUUCUGGUAUAUGCGUUAUGAGAAUUUUGUGAUAGUUAACUGAAUGUGCAGGGGAUUGUUAACCUUGUGUAAGUACAGACAGAACCCAAGGCCUUGGUUAUAUUUGGAGUAGGUAUCCGGGAAACCUUGUCAAGGUGCUGGGAUAAAAGUCAUAGACAUACUCUAUUGACUGCAAUUCAUGUGUUUGGUAGUUCAGGUAAGCCCACUUAAACUUUAUAUUUGUU